CAGAAACUUUAGCUCUCGGAAGCGACAUGAGUCAUUAGUCAGCAACCGAAUUUUUUCGUGUCGCUGUCGUCGUACUCAAAAAGCCAUCCGAAAGGCCCUUUUUACUUUCAAUAUGGCACCGUUUUCCAAGCCAGAAACAGUGCUGAAACAGGCCGAAGGCCUGAUUUCCGUAGGCCAGUCGCACGCAGCCCUACAAUCAUUGACGGAAAUGUUCACUUCAAAACGAUUUCGCUCGACCCCGAUCACGACGUUGGAACCUAUAAUGCACCGAUACAUCGAGCUUUGCGUCGAGAUGCGGAAGGGCCGUACAGCAAAGGAAGGAUUGAUGCAAUACAAGAAUAUUGCCCAGAAUACGAGUGUACAGAGCAUCGAGGCGGUCAUCACGCGUUUUGUGCAGUUGGCAGAUGCGAAAGUUAGGGAUGCACAGGAGAAGGCUGCGGUGCAGGUGGCCGUCGACGUCGACGAUUUGGAAGCGAGCGAGACGCCGGAGAGUAUCUUGCUAGGAGCCGUGAGCGGUGACCAGAGCAAGGACCGGACAGACCGGGCGGUGGUCACUCCUUGGCUCAAGUUUGUGUGGGAAGCCUACCGGACGUGUUUAGAGACGCUGAAGAACAAUGCAAGGCUAGAGACGAUAUAUCAGCAAAUUGCCCAGCAGGCAUUCAAAUUCUGUCUUAAACACCAGCGCAAGGUCGAGUUCCGUCGUUUGUGCGAGACGCUUCGACUUCAUCUUUCAAAUGUGGCGAAAUACUCGCACCAGCCACAUUCAAUAAAUCUUUCCGACCCGGAUACCCUACAACAUCAUCUGGAUACACGAUUUGCGCAACUCAACACGUCUGUCGAACUCGAACUGUGGCAAGAAGCAUUCCGCUCCGUCGAGGACAUCCACAACUUGUUGACGAUGGCGAAGAAGGCUCCGCGUCCCGCUAUGAUGGCUAAUUAUUAUGAAAAGCUGACCAAAAUAUUCCUUGUCAGCGGCAAUGCCCUUUAUCAUGCUGCGGCAUGGGCUAGAUAUUACGCCCUUGUUACGAGCAUCGGAGGUAAAUCGGAUGAGGAACUGAGCAAGCUUGCCGGACAGGUGUUAGUGAGCGCCCUCGCCGUUCCAGUAGGUCGGCAUACCGAGGAGCAGGAUGAGGUGAAGGGGAAGCUUGGCCGACUCACUGCUCUUCUGGGUCUCGCAAAAAUGCCAACGCGCGCAGGUCUACUCAAAGACGCGCUCUCACGAGACGUCCUUAAAAUAUCCCCACCCUCUGUCAAGUCUCUCUAUGACAUGCUCGAAGUCACGUUCGAUCCGCUUGUUCUCUGCUCAUCAAUAGCGCCUCUUUUCGAAACGCUAUCCUCCGACCCCCUCUACUCUUCUUAUCUUCCUCUUCUUCAUCAGGCUCUACUGUCGCGGCUUCUUUCCCACCUCUCUGAAGUUUACUCGUCGAUAAAGAUUUCUCACCUCCUUGAACUGGUUGCACCCUUGAAGGCAGCAGGUGUUGAUGGUGCCUACGAACCCGAGCAAGUCGAGUCCUACGUGAUGGGUUGUGCCCGACGAGGUGAACUCAAUAUCCGGGUGGAUCAUCUGGAUGGAUGCAUUGUUUUCAUCGAUGAGGGCUUCACAGGCAUCAGCGGCGAGGACACCGGCUACGUGCCUUCAGAAGGUGCCGUUCAGCCCUCCGUCUCGGAGCUUGUCAAGAAGAAAUUAGGGAAUGUCGCAUUAUGCUUGCAUAAUUCCCUCUGGGUCUUGGAAGGAUCUAAGAAGGAAUCUCUUUCGAAGGAGGAACAGCAGGCUAAGCUUCAGAUGCUGGUCACUGCCGUCGAGUCAGAGCGUAAGGCUCUACAGUUACGCCGUGCCUUAGUCGCCCGUCGUAGGGAACUUCUGAGUGAGCUCAGCGUCAGGAAGGAGAAGGAAGAGACAAGUCGGUUAGCUGAGAUCAGCCGUAGGAGGAAAGAAGAAGACGCUAAGAAGGAGAAGGAAUCUGUUCGCGCCAAAGAGCUUGAGAGGAUAGCCAAGGAGAGAGAGAAUAUCCAGAAAUUGGAGGCUGAGAAAUACGCCAAGAGUCUUCUCACCAUGGGUACUAUCAAGGCCGAUGACAUUGCGAAACUUGACAAGUUUGACACUGAGAACCUCAUCACGAUGCAAGUUCAACAGCUGGAGAAGGAGAAGAAAGAGACUGCUCAGCGUCUACGGGUAAUUCUCAAGCGCGUUGACCAUCUCGAGCGUGCGUAUCGCAAGGAGGAGCGUCCUUUGCUCGCUCAAGACUACGAGCAACAGCAAGCGCGCGAUAGGGAAACUUUCAAUGCCAUCCAACUCGCUCGUAAGGAGGCAGCCAAGAUCAGUCAUCAAGAAGACCUAGCUACAAAGAAACGGCUAUCUCGGAUGGUGUCAGACUACUCUGCCCGACGAGAUGUACUGAUCGCGAAGAAGGGCGAGGAGUUUGCAAGGAAGAAGGACGCUGCUCAUCGGAAGAUCGAGGAGGAGAAGGCCAAGCGAAGAAAGGCCUUUUUACAAGCCAAGGAAGAAGAAAGAAAGCAUGCGGAAGAAGCAGAACGUAUCAAGAGAGAAAAAGAGGAGGAAGAACGACGGUUGGAGGCCGAACGUCUGGCAGAAGAGGAGCGUCUACGCGCCGAGGCAGAGGCCAAAGCCGCCGCAGAAGAGCAGGCGAAACGCGAAGCCGAAGAGAAAGCAGCUGCUGUACGUAAAGCCCGCGAUGCUGAGCGCGAAGCAGCCAUGGAACAAGCACGACUGCAACAAAAACGAGAGGAAGAAGCCGAGGCUCGUCGCGCAGCUCGUGCGGCAGAGCGUAACCGUGGACCGCCGUCGAUAAGUCGCGCCAAUGGCACGAGCGACGCAUGGAGGCGUACCACGCCUACUAACUCUAUGCCUCCGACACCUACGCGUGCUGCCACCGUCGGUGCUGUACCUACUCGUCCCGAGAGCCCGAGCCCGGCUGCUGGCAAGUAUAGACCUGGAGGUGGUCUCGCUGCCGGAGGAGGGUGGAGGGCCCGCGAGGAGGCCAGACUUGCUGCUGGCACUGGCUCAGGGACCAACACCCCCCGGCCUGCCUCGCCUGCUCCAGCAAAAGAGGCGACACAAAAAGACGACGAUGGUUUCCAGACUGUGUCCAAGCCUGGCUGUCUGGCGUCCGCGUAGAGGUCGGGGUUAGUUUGUAGUAUACCCUGUUUGAUUGCUUUCGAUUGCAUUUUUCUUUUCCUCAUUCAAAUCCAGUUGCAUGGUCCGAUAUUGAGCGUCAUGAUACUAAUGUGCUGAUAGUAAUGUACACAUGCUAAUCUAUGAAAACCGUCCUUAACG